AGUCGUCCUACCUGUUAUUGUGCUCACAAUUUCAGUUUGAUUAUCGCUCACGCCUGUAAAUUCAUGCUACUUCAGCCUGGAUUUCUGCAGUGAGUCCGUGUUUGCCUGUCACACCCACCGUUCAGGCAGCUGUUCAUCCAGGAGCACCUCUUCCCUGUGACUGUCAAUGUCUGACAUGGUCCCUUAUCAGUAUAUAAUUGUGGAGAACCAGUACUCACAUAAGUUCAGAGUCACGGUUGUGAGGGCUGAGGAUAUCACCAAGGGAGAGUGGGGUGAUUAUUUGGACAUCUCAGAUCCUUACGUAGAGGUGUGUGUGCCAGCUGUCUCUAAAACCAAAAAACGGACAAGGCAGAUAGGCAACAGCGUGAAUCCAGAAUGGAAUGAAACUUUUGAAUUCAUAUUGGACCCUAGUCAGGAGAAUGUUCUAGAGGUCACGCUAAUGGAUGCCAACUACGUUAAGGAUCAAACACUGGGAACUGCAUUGUUUACUAUCUCUGAUAUUAAAGUGGGACAAACACAACUGAUUCCCCUCCUCAUUGGUGACGCUACCAAGGUGUAUUUAGAGAUGUCCCUGGAGGUUUGUUCUAUCAAGGAUCUUCGCCUGAGCUUGGCUCUCUGUGACAAGGAGAAGUUCUUCCAGGAGGCUCGUCGGCAGAAGGUCAUGCUGGGAAUCCAGAAGCUUUUGAACACAGAGAAGAGCUGCUUCCUCCCCACCACCCGGCAGGAAGUGCCAGUGAUUGCCGUUAUGGGGUCUGGAGGUGGGUUCCGGGCCAUGGUGGGCUUUGCUGGCGUGAUGAAAGCUCUCUUUGAGUCUGGAGUUCUGGACUGUGCCACCUACAUAGCUGGGCUCUCUGGAUCCACCUGGUACAUGUCCAAACUGUACUCCCACCCUGAUUUUCCAACCAAGGGCCCCAGCGAGAUUAACCAGGAGCUGACGAAGAGUGUGGCCAACUCUCCGAUGCGGCUGCUGACGCCACAGCACCUCUAUCAGUAUGUCCAUGUGCUGCAGUCCAAGAAGGCAGCUGGGCAGCCCGUUACAUUCACAGACAUCUUCGGCAUGCUCAUCGGGAAUACCCUCAUCCCUGGGUAUAUGGACAUGAAGCUGAGCCAGAUGGCGGAGAAGGUGGAUGAUGCCCAGAACCCGCUGCCCCUCUUCACCUGCUUGCACGUCAAGCCUGACGUGUCAGAGCUCAUAUUCGCAGACUGGGUGGAAUUCAGCCCUUAUGAGAUUGGGAUGGUGAAGUAUGGAACCUUCAUGACCCCUGAUCUCUUUGGGAGCAAGUUCUUCAUGGGAUCAGUGGUGAAGCGCUUUGAGGAAAGCCCCCUUCACUUCCUCAUGGGCGUGUGGGGCAGCGCCUUUGCCAUACUCUUUAAUCGACUCUUUGGAGGCCAAGCCCACAGAAGGGGGAGCACCUUGGAAGAGGAGCUGGGUAAGAGGCAUUUCCUGCUUUGGGUGGGUGUCUAUAUACACAUGUACUGCAAUGAGUCCCACCCUCAGGAGCAGAACAGCUGGCCUCCGCACAUGUUCACCUCUCUGAUCAGCAACUCCGCCAUCUUGAAAAGCCGGGAAGGCCGGGCCAGCAAGGUGCACAACUUCUUGUGGGGCCUCAGGCUGAGCGCCUUGGUGCCGCACUCGCCUUGUGGGGACCUCGCCAAGGAGGCCUUGGCUGCACAGGAGGCAGACGCUGUCGAAGAACCCAAUGAGUUUAAUCGCAUUUACGAGCCUCUGGAUCCGAAGAGCAAGAAGAUCCAUGUGGUGGACAGCGGCCUUAGCUUUAACCUACCAUACCCGCUCAUCCUCAGGCCAGAGAGGGGCGUGGACCUCAUAAUAUCAUUCGACUUUUCUGCUAGGCCGAGUGAUUCCUCUCCACCCUUUAAGGAGCUUCGCUUGGCUGAGAAAUGGGCCCAUCUGAACAAGCUGCCCUUCCCUAAGAUAGACCCCAAGGUGUUUGACCGAGAGGGCCUGAAAGAAUGCUACGUCUUUAAGCCUGAAGAUGGCCAGAGGAACUGCCCCACCAUCAUCCACUUUGUGCUGGCCAAUACUAACUUCAGGAACUUCAAAUCUCCAGGUGUGCCUCGGGAGAGUAAAGUUGAGCAGGAGUCUGCUGACUUUGACAUAUUUGAUGAUCCAGAAAACACCUAUUCCACGUUUAACUUCCACUACUCCACUGAAGCCUUUGCUCGACUGCAUGACCUCAUGGAGUUCAAUACUCUGAACAACAUCCAGGUGAUCAAAGACACCAUCAAGGACUGCGUUUUGGACAGGAGGGGUAACCCACCAUGUGUCCCCAUCUCCCUUUGAAAUAGAAAUAAAAUCAAAAAGGCAGUUUCUGAGAAGUGAACCUUGUGGGAAAACCUACAGUUUUUACCUGUAACUGACACAUUGUUCAGCUGUUGAAGUCUUUGGAUGCUUACUUACUUUCCUAAUAAUAGUGCAAAUUUACUGGUUUCAUAAAAAAAGUCCAUUGACAAGCAAUAAUUAACGUAACCGCAAAUAUGUUCCACAUUUUCUUUUUAUUAAGUGUCAUUAUUUUUUCGAUUAACUCAUUCAGUUCUGUUCUUGCCAUUUUUCUCUUAAUUAUAAUUGCAGUCACUGGCUCCCAAAGGGAUACUAAACACAAACGUUUUAUGUUAUUGCAAAGGUGUUACUAAUCAAUUAAUUUAUUAAUACUUGAAAUUACUUUAAGACUUCCAGUUGUUUGUGAUGUGAUAUCUAUUUUUUGUAAAUAAUUGACUGAAAUAAUGAUUCUUGUUCUAAGACCGGUACAUGAACAAUAUUUUUACUGAAUUGAACAAACAUCCCAAUCCAUUCUGUGAGCCACGUAUAUAAAUCUGCUUUGCUCAUAAGUUUUAUGAGGAUGCUUACUGGGUCAGAGAGAUUUAGUGACAAGAUACCUGAGACCAGGGUGUAGAAGAAGGUUAGGAAAAGAUGAAGCUGCUUCAGCUAUGUGGUCUAAAUUUCUCAUAAUGACGACAGAGUUUAAUGCAAUGACUGCAAUUACCAUGUCAUGGUAGCACAAUUACAUCUGCCAGGCCCUAACCAUCGCUUUGUGUAUCAUUGUAUCAGUUAAUGCAAACAUGUUUUUGCUGGAAUUCAGUUGCCCACAGAGGGACUGUAUCAACAGGAAUCAGGAAUAUGUGAUUCUCAUGGCAAGAGAUGUAGCUGUAUUUACAUUUACAAACUGGGUUGUACACAUUUUCUUAAAAGGAACAUCCCAAGGGUAAAAAAUCUGGGGGGUUGGUUCUUACAGUAAAAUUUGCCAGGUGGAGGGGAGGCUAUUGCUUGAUCUGGAUUAAACUGUAUUUUGGGAAAUGCUUAAUGUCAUGCAUUUACGGAGAGGGGACAGUGCUGUUGUAUUGUUAUGUUUUCACUUACACGUGUUAGUAAGCAGAUGUGUAUCUAGGAGCUAUUCCUCCUGAAGUCAGUGUGUAUCUUUCAACUCAUGCUAGCUAGUUUUAGUCACAGUUUCUGUGACAUCAGCGACGGCUCAGUGCAUGUAAAUACCAUGGGAACCCAAGAUGUAAUGGUCUCCAGUGCGUGAUUCAUUGUCAUAAAAUUCUCAAAAAACUUACUGCAAUAUCUGUAUUUAUAUUUGGAAGUCAAUGUGACAGUUAAGCAAUUUCCAGAUGUGAAAAAAUACACUGGCUGUAUGAUGAAAUCUAACAUGC